AUGUACCUGACCUUCGUGACCGAAGGCAAGAAUGACUCCCAGCUGCAGCUCCAAGUUUCCCAGUGGCAGGCUGCAACUGGCUUGCAGCCUGAGAUUGGCAAGAAAACGAUUCUCGUGCACCUGGACACAGCGUUGCUUGGGGAAUCUUCGGGACCGAACUGCCAACCUGAGCUGCGCGGAAAGCGUUGGAAACCAGACAGUGACCUCGUGGAGAAGCUUGCUGCUUGCCCUUGUAUCGGCUUGGGCGCCCAGGCAGUGGACAAGGUUCGUUGCUCCUUGCCUGCAGAAGGCACUGUCGUGGCUGUGGUGGACCCGUUGGGCGCUGGCCCAAAGCUUUUCAAGGAGGCUUCCAAGCUGUCUGUGUGGUUGAUGUUCAAUGAGAAGUCUGUGUGUGACCGGAAGCAGAUCGUCCGAGCUGGUGCCUACAGCCAGCAGAUGGUGUGCAACCUCUACACAGAGAAGCCGUUGAGUUUGAGCACGCCGGAAGUUGAGCGCAAGAUCUACCCGGGCUACAGCCACGGCGAUGUCAUCGGCUACAUCUCGUGCUUGGGCGCGUCAAAGCUGUGGCGAGCUCCCAGGAAGGACAAACUCGAUGUUUUGGGGGCGCGGCACGUGUCCUUGGCCAAGCCGGCCGAUGAUGCCAGCGAGCGAGGGACCAGCGAACCUGACGGCUCUGCGGGAGCUGGGGAGCUUGAGAGCGUGUUCAGCUGUUCCAUGCU